UACAGAGAGCAGCGACGUCAUUGAUGUUACGUUAGCCGGCCAGCUAACUACUAAACUUUUGUAGUAAGCAGUUUUCUUUUCAGAGAAAAAUGGUGAAACAGACGAUACAGAUAUUUGCUCGCAUUAAACCCACCAAAAAAACUGCGACGGUGUACUCUGUUGACAGUGAGGAGCAGACAGGUGCUUCUGUGGAGUUUAUGGUGCCCAGGGAUGUGGCUGAUGGUUUUGUUAACAACAAAAGGGAGUGCUACAAGUUCAGGUUCCUAAAGGUGUUUGAUCAAGCUACUAAACAAGAAGAUAUAUUUGAAAACAUUGCUAAACCAGUUGCAGACAGUCUGUUGGCUGGAUAUAAUGGCACCAUAUUUGCCUAUGGCCAGACAGACAGUGGGAAGACGUUUACCAUCACAGGAGGAGCUGAGCGCUACAGUGAUCGGGGCAUUAUUCCCCGCACCCUUUCCUACCUGUACGAACGCUUCAACCAGGACAGCAGUAUGGUUUAUACCACACACAUCUCCUACUUGGAGAUCUACAACGAGAUGGGAUAUGACCUUCUGGAUUCCCGCCAUGAAGCAUCUCGACUGGAGGACCUGCCAAAGGUGCUGAUCAUGGAAGAUCCAGACCAGAACAUCCAUCUCAGGAACCUGUCACUGCAACAGGCAGCAAAUGAGGAGGAGGCUCUCAAUCUACUCUUCCUGGGAGACACAAACCGUAUGAUUGCAGAGACUCCGAUGAACCAGGCAUCCACACGUUCCCAUUGUAUUUUCACUGUGCACUUGUGCAGACGUGAGCCGGGCUCGGCCACCCUGCGACGCUCCAAGCUCCACCUGGUGGACUUGGCCGGAUCGGAUCGAGUCAGCAAGACUGGCCUGAAUGGCCAGCUGCUCACUGAGGCCAAGUACAUCAACCUCUCUCUCCACUACUUGGAGCAGGUGAUCAUAGCCUUGUCAGAGAGGAACCGCUCCCAUAUUCCUUACAGAAACUCUAUGUUGACUUCUGUGCUGAGGGACAGCCUUGGGGGCAACUGCAUGACCACUAUGAUUGCCACUAUGGCAGUGGACAGGAGGAACCUUAAUGAGACCAUUGCUACGUGUCGAUUUGCUCAGCGCGUGGCUCUCAUCAAGAAUGAGGCGAUGUUGAAUGAAGAACUGGAUCCUGCUCUGCUAAUAGCCCGUUUGAAGCGGGAGAACCAAUCUCUGAAGGAAGAGUUGGCCAUGCUGACAGGAGGACAGAGAGAAGACCAGCUUACUGUGGAGGAGAUCCAGAAGUUGGAAGAGUUAGUCAAGACCUUUCUGGAUGACCCUGAUCCAGACGUGACACUGUCGUUGGGACCAGACAUGAGAAAAAUCCAGUACUGUUUCUCCCUGCUGAAGAAAAUGAUCAUGGACAGGCAUGGUGGAGGAAAUAGGUCCAGUGAUGGGAAGGUGUCUCCAGCAGCUACAGUGAGGGAAGUGGGAACUCAAGACAGCCACCAGCAUGCAGCAGAAGUGACCAAAUUAAAGGAGAUGAUGACACAACGUGAUAAUGAGAUCAGUAUCCUAGUUAAGAUGUUAAAGAAGGAGAAAAAGAAGGCCCAGGAUGCUGCCGCUCAGCUUGCUAACAUCACCAGUGAUCAGAGCCUGGCCUCCCAGAGUGCCCCCAGCUUGUCAACAACACCACUGUUGAAAGAAGGAAGCACAGACGCUAUCUCAGCUGACCAUGGAGGACGGGCCAUGAGGCACAUCAAAAAAAUAGGUCCACAGCUGUCUAUGGGUAAGCAAGAGGCCUUUGAGACUUUCAUAAGGGACCAUGAUGACCAUCUGACCAUUGAAGACAACAAAAAGAUACUGAAACAGAGGUCAUCUGAGGCCAAAAGAAUUGGGGAGAAGUUGAAUGAGGCCAGAAACAGAAUAAAUGAUUUGAAGAAGCAGUUAGAGAUGCAGAGGAGGCAGAGGGCAGCUCAUGGUGUAAUGGGGAAUCACCCAGUGGUUGAGGAUGAUGUCGACCUGGUGGAAGAAAACCUGUGCAAACACAUUGAGCAAGAAAAAAAGGCUUACAAAGGCAACAUUGGUCGUCUAAAAGUGCUGAGGACAGAGAUUGAGCACCUGCAGCUGUUGUUGGAGAGGGCAAAGGUCAAGCUCCAAAAGGAUUUCCAUAAGUGGUGGAGCGAGGAGGCUUCCAGCGUGCAGGAGUCAGAGGCCUCAGCUAGACAUCGCACAGAGUUGACAAGUGGGACCUUGCAGCCAUCUUCACCUCGCACUCCAGGCUUUCGUGUACCUGGUCUGAGCAGCACUAUGAGAGGCUCCCCACAAGGCCCAGACCCAAAUAUGGACCGUACCACCACUGUUCAGGACCUCGGAAGCUUCAUCCCCAAAAGUGUACCGCCCUUGACGGCUGACCCAGCAGGUCAUGAUCCAUUCCUGGAUGGGAGGGUGACUGACUCCACUCCAUCAUCUGAGUGGAGGGCCCUAUCCACCACCUCGCUCCCAUACACCUCUAUUCCUUUGACUGGAGACGAUGAGAUUGAUGCCAAUAUCCUGGCCUUUGUCAGAGCCAGGCAAAACCUCCUUGAUAGGACAGGUAAGGAAGACUCAUUUCAUGCUUCUUUACCUUGGCACGCUAAGCUGGAUAGGGACAGUGUUUUGACAGGAAAGCCCCUUUCCUUGGUUGUUUGGUAACCCCUGUAUGGUGCAAUCCCUCCUAUCAAAACAGCUUUUAAAUCACUGGAGCAUGCUGGGUAGUGUAGGGAACCUGGACACAGACAGCAUCAUUCCAGAGUGGAGGCUGUUAUUGUAAUUGAAGUGCUUCAUUCAGGGAUUGUUUCUAUGAAAAUACAGAGUUUUCAGAGUUUGUAAGACCAAGAAAAGCACAUCACCUUGCCAUUGGCUUUUUUGUGAUUGCUAAAGGACUUUUAUUUCUCAAGUAUUCUUCUAAUACUUCCAACUGGAUGUUUAAUCUGCC